AUGGCCCAAGAACAAUUGCGUAUCCUUAUUGUCGGCAACGGUGGCCGUGAGCAUGCUUUCGCCUGGAAGCUGAGCCAGUCGCCUCUUGUCGACAUUGUGUAUGUCGCUCCCGGAAACGGCGGUACUGGUCUGGCCUCGAGCAAGAUCACCAAUGCCAAUGUCAAGGGUGAUGAUUACCCUGGCCUUGUUGCAUUUGCUCAGAAGAAUGGUGUCAACCUCGUUGUCCCCGGCCCCGAGGCCCCCCUUGUCGACGGCAUUCAAGGAUACUUCCAGGCUGUUGGCAUCCGAUGCUUUGGUCCUUCCAAGGCCGCUGCUCGCAUGGAGGGCUCCAAGACCUUCUCGAAGGACUUCAUGCAGCGUCACAACAUCCCCACUGCCGCCUUUGGAAACUUCUCCGACUACGAAUCCGCUUGCCGCUACCUCGACUCUGUAUCACACAACGUCGUGAUCAAGGCCGACGGAUUGGCCGGUGGUAAGGGUGUUGCCCUUCCCACUACCAAGGAGGAGGCUCACCAGGCUCUGCGGGAGAUGAUGCUGGACCACCAGUUCGGCAGUGCUGGUGACGAGGUCGUGAUUGAGGAGUACCUGGAGGGAGACGAGUUGAGUAUCCUGACCUUCAGUGAUGGUUACACCAUUCACUCUCUGCCUCCUGCGCAGGACCACAAGCGCAUUUUCGAUGGUGACAAGGGCCCCAACACUGGUGGUAUGGGCUGCUAUGCCCCCACCCGUAUUGCGCCCAAGGAGGUUCGGGACGAGAUUGACCGUACCAUCAUCCAGCCUUCUAUCGACGGCAUGCGGAAAGAUGGUUUUCCCUUCGUUGGUAUCCUGUUCACUGGUCUGAUGAUGACCAAGGACGGUCCUAAGGUCCUCGAAUACAACGUCCGUGGUGGAGACCCUGAGACUCAGACCCUCUUGCCUUUGUUGAGCAAAGACACCGAUCUUGCGCAAAUCAUGGUCGCCUGUGCCGAUCACUGGCUCGACGGUGUCUCCAUCAAGGUGGAGCCCAACUUCUCUACCACCGUUAUCGGAGUUGCUGGUGGUUACCCUGGUUCAUAUGCCAAGGGUACUCCCAUCACCCUGGACCCUGCUCCCGAGGGUACCCUCAUUUUCCACGCCGGUACUACUCUGUCCGGCAACGAGCUUCAGACUGCUGGUGGCCGUGUGAUCGCUUCCACCGCUACUGCUUCGACUCUCGAGGAGGCUGUCAAGAAGAGCUACGAGGGUAUCUCCACUAUUCACUUCGAUGGCAUGUUCUAUCGCAAGGACAUUGCGCACCGCGCAUUCCGGCAGACCGCCGACACCUCGCUGACCUACGCCGCUGCGGGUGUGUCCAUUGACGCUGGUAAUGAGCUGGUGAACCGUAUUAAGGCCUCUGUCGGCCGCACCAAGCGUCCCGGUACCGACGCCGUCAUCGGUGGCUUUGGUGGUCUCUUCUCGCUGGCUGCUGCCAACCCCGAAUACCACGCCGACUCGCCCACCCUUAUCGGUGCCAUCGAUGGUGUUGGUACCAAGCUCAAGAUUGCUCACUCCGUUGGCAUUCACGACACUGUCGGUAUUGACCUUGUGGCCAUGAACGUGAACGACUUGGUCGUCCAGGGUGCCGAGCCCCUCUUCUUCCUUGACUGCUACUCCUGCGGUCACCUGGAUGUUCCCACUGCCACCGCUUUCGUCACCGGUGUCGCCGACGGCUGUGUUCAAGCUGGCUGUGCUUUGAUUGGUGGUGAGACCGCCGAAAUGCCUGGUCUCUUCGUUGAUGAGUCCUACGAUGCCGUUGGUGCCGCUGUUGGUGCCAUCAACACCACCGGUAAAUACGCUCGCCAGAUCCUCCCCCACACCGACUCCAUGCGUCCCGGUGAUGUCCUCCUCGCCCUGGGUUCUUCCGGCCCUCACUCCAACGGCUACUCGCUCGUUCGCAAGAUCGUCGAGCGUGCUGGCCUGAGCUACUCCGACCCCGCUCCCUUCACCAUGCCCGGCCUUGAGGGUGAGGUCUCCCUCGGCCGUGCCCUUCUAACUCCUACCCGCAUCUACGUCAAGUCCAUCCUGAAUGCGCUUGCCUCCCACCCGGCCGCUAUCAAGGGUCUUGCUCACAUUACCGGUGGUGGUCUUGUCGAGAACGUUCCCCGUAUGCUCCCCGCUACCCUGACCGCCGACAUUGAUGUCCGUACCUGGGCCCAGCCUUCUGUCUUCUCCUGGCUUCAGCGUGCCGGCAACGUUUCUGCUGCCGAGAUGGCUCGCGCCUUCAACUGCGGUAUCGGUAUGAUCAUCGCCGUGGACCCGGCUUCCGAGGCUGCCGUUCGCCAGUCUUUCGAGGCCAAGGGUGAAUCCGUUUACAGCAUUGGCCACCUUCGCGCCCGUGCUGAGGGUGAGGAGGGCUGCGUGCUGACCGGUCUUGAGUCCUGGGCAUGA